AUGUUUUCGUCUGUGUUCAUUGCUCUUACCCUUGCUGCAUCAGCUUUCGCCAAUGUCUACGUUACUCAACCAGUAGAAUCCACUAUUUUUGCAGCUGGUCAACCAGCAACGCUCAGCUGGCAAGAUAAUGGGUCUUCGCCAUCUCUACACGACUUUGGUCUCUCCAAGAUAUCGAUUUAUGCUGGAAAUGCUAAGGAACAGACUUUCAUGCAAGCUAUCUCAACUAGCACCGACGUAGAGAAGACUACAUCUAUUGUAUUCACCCCCGACCCAACCAUAGGCCCUAAUGCUGACGAGUACUUCAUUCGAUUCGAAUCCCUCAAUCUCAAAGAUACGACUCAGCCUCAGUACCCUGCUUUGGCUUUCUCUGCUAAAUUCAGCUUGAGCGGUAUGACUGGUCAGUUCAGCAAAGCUGUUCAGGCUGAAAUCGAUGGGCAAUCAACUGCACCUAUCGCUGCACCCACGGCUGGGCCGAGUGGUUCAGUUUCUUCGCUCGCCACUCCCACUUUGAGUGCAGGAUCUGCCUCUAUUCCCUCUACCACACCACCCGCUAAAAUUAUGGCCGCUAAUGCUGGUAGCAAGCCUGAGCUUGCUGGUCUUGCAUGUGUUUUUGGGGUCGCAUCACUGCUUAUUGGCAGCUUCAUUUGA